AUGACCAAAUAUAUAACCGCACGCGAGUUGCGCCAGCAUUGGGUAAAUCACCAUGAAAUUGCCCUCCUCGACGUCCGCGAAGAAGGUCCCUAUUCCGAGGCCCAUCCUUUAUUCGCACUAAGUGUGCCAGUUUCAGAAAUCGAGAAGAAGCUACCUCCACUAGUUCCUCGAUUGUCGGCUCCAAUUGUUGUCUACGACGAUGGUGAGGGUUAUGUAGAUCGGGCUACUGCCCGGAUAUUAGCACUGGGGUAUCGGGAUGUUGCCAUUUUGACAGGCGGGCUUUCUGCGUACGCCCUCGUUGGCGAGAUCUAUCGCGAUGUCAAUGUACCAUCCAAGGCAUUUGGCGAGCUCGUUGAAUCUAUCAACCACACCCCAUCCUUAUCUGCGCGGGACGUCAAGAAUGUUCUGGAGAGAGAGGAUGAUGUGGUUGUCUUGGAUGCCAGACGUUUCGAGGAGUAUAAUACCAUGAGCAUUCCCCACGGCCGCAGCUGUCCAGGGGGAGAGCUUUUGUAUCGCUUUUUUGAGGCUGUACCAUCCCCACAGACCACAGUCGUCGUCAACUGUGCAGGUCGAACACGGAGUAUUGUUGGCACCCAAUCUCUGAUCAAUUCUGGAAUUCCGAAUAAAGUGGUUGCGCUCCGAAAUGGGACGAUCGGGUGGACAUUGGAGGGUUUGGUAUUGGAGACAAAAAGGACGGAGCGGGUUCCGAGUCCUUCAGUCGAGGCAUCACAGAAGGCACGAAAAUACGCUGAAUUCUGGGCGAAUUACGUCGGCGUCUCUUUGAUUGACAGCGACCAGCUCACCCAAUUUACCGCGGAGUUUCAAGAUCGGACUCUGUACCUGUUAGACGUGAGAGACCCCAAGGAGUACGCUCUCGGACAUCCGACCGGCUUCUCCAAUGCUCCUGGGGGGUCAAUUAAUGGCGUGCGAGCGCGCAUGACAGCCAGCUGGCUCUUACAACUCGGUUGGGAGGUGUAUGUCUUUGAAGAGCGGUCUGGGGUGCCUGAUGCACUUCCGUUGCCUAAAGGACCUUCAUGGCAUCCUUCAAAGGAUCGCUCUAUCACGAUCAAUGAUCUUCAAAAUCUCACAGGAGUGACUGUGGUCGAUCUCGCCCGUAGUCCAUCCUAUCAAAAAGGCCACAUCCCAGGCGCAUGGUUUGCUUCUGGUCCCGAACUUGCACGAGAUUUGGGAGUUCUCGAUGGUGAUUGCCCUAUUGUGCUGACCUCGCCUGAUGGCGACGUUGCGGGGAUGAAUAUUGACGAGGCACGCAAGUCAAUCUCGCGAGAAGUGCUGUAUUUGGUGGGAGGGACAAUGGCCUGGGUAGCUGCCGGCCAUCCCCUCGAGACAGAGUCACGAUGGCUGUCGCAGCCAAUCGACGUGUAUAAGAGACCGUAUGAAGGCACAAGCAACGCUCGCAAGGAUAUGCAGGGGUAUCUUGACUGGGAGUAUGGGCUUGUCGCGCAAUUGGCGAACGACGGGGUUGCAUGUUUCCACGUUGUGCGGGGUCUCGCGUGGGAACCUAUCUUAAAUACCUAG